AUGGACACACUAAAUAUUUUAAUCCAUAAGCAUAAAAGAUUAACAGCCAGAGGCAAACAAGGACUGAACUGUCAGUUGGACGUUUUACUGAAAUGGGCCACUCCUGGGGCAUUCAUCACUGCCUCUCUGGUGGGGCCAGCAGCUCGAGUCACCCCCCUCACCAGCCAAGGUGCUCCUCCUGUGUGUCCAGAAAGUCAUCACAACACAAAAGUUCAGAUCCCACAGCGUCAGGAAGUCAAGAAAGAAGACAUCACCAAAACAUCCACAUCAUUUAAAAUAUCAUUCACUGAGUCCAAGUCACUGACUGCUGGUCCAGGCAGUCCAGAAAAACAAUCAGUGCUAUCUAGUAUAGAUAAGUCAUCUGGGCCCUCAAGUCCACAAAAAGCCUCUGUACCUUCAAGUACAGAAAAGUUAGCCUGGCCCUUGAGUCAACAAAGCCCAUCCAAGCCAUCAGCUCCCAGAAAAGUGUUAGGAUCACUCCCCCAGGAAAAGUUGCAUAGAACACGCAGUCCAAAAAAGGCACAUAGGUGGGCUCAUUCCCAUAAGCUAGUCGGUCAGGUCAGUCCAUACUAUCCAAAGAAAGCCAUCAAGCCAACUUGGCCAUCAAGUCUACAAUCUCCGAUCAAGCCAACCAAAACGUCUCCACCAUAUCCAAAGAGUCAAAGUGUCCCUGAGCAAUCAAGUAUAGUGAAACUGACCAAACUCCAGAGACAUCUUAAACUAAAAAGACCAGCUAAUGAAGGUAGGGCAGAAAUAUUAUCUAGGUCUCAACCAGUGAAGUUUUGUCAAUGCUACAAGGAAAAAUGCAUUGUUCACAAUGCUGUUUCUGAGCCAUUCAUCACUCCUUCAGAAGAGAAUAUGAAGCAUGUUCCAGUCCAACUUUCUUCAUGCAAACUGAAGUGCUUUUACAAGUCAUCUUACAAGACAGAGCCCAAAGACAACGCACUGUAUGGCAACAUGAAUGAUAGCCAUUUCUCAACAUAUAGCAGUGAUAGUGAGAGUGACAGGGAGAUGAUUAUUAUACACAAUAUAAAAUGCAAGGAAGCCACCUAUAAAGCCUCCCAAAAUAAUUAA